AGAAGGGCGCGCCAGUCUGGCUCGGGGUCUCGUCCGGGCAGCCCUUCCCGAGAGUCUGCCAGACCUUCCGCCUCCGCGGCCCGCCGAGAUGCCGCCUCCGUGGCUGCUGCUGAUCCUGGCGCUGAGCGCCCCGCCGGCAGGUGGCUUCGUCCUGCACCUGGAGACGGACUGCUUCCUCUCGGCCGACGGUCGCCUCCUCCAGCCCCGUUGGACCCUUUUCUUCAACAAGAUGCCCUUCACCUGUUUCGACUUCCAGCGGAAGGCCUUCGUGCCCUGCGGCCUGGGCGCCUCCGUGCCCUGGAACUACAGCGGGGAACCCGUGGCUCAGUGGCUCAUGGAAACCUCCCAGGAGCUGCCCCAGGAAGACGCCCAGCGGUGCCCGCUGCAGGGCCAGGCGCUCUGGGGGCAGACCGGGGACAGGCGGACUGCGCCGAAGGUCCUCAUUUCCCCGGUUGCCCCUCAGAACACUCCGUAUCCCAUCAUGCUGGCCUGCAUGGCGUGGGGCUUCUACCCAGGGGACGUCAACAUGACCUGGCUUUGGAACGGGGAGCCCGUGAAGGAUCGGCUGGACCCCCCCGCGGGUCACCAGUAAUGGGGACUGGAGCUACCAGGCGCGGCUGACGCUGCCGGUCGAUCCCCAGAAAGGGGGCAGCUACACCUGCUCCGUCCAGCACUCCAGCCUGGAUGCGCCCCUCACCGCAGAAUGGGCCCCAGGCCUCCCCUCGGAGCUCUGGAUCAAAAUUGGGUUCUCGGUUGCCGUGAUGGUGGUGGGGACGGUGUUCCUGGUGGCAGGCCUGGUCUUCUGGAA